ACGCGUCCAGCUCCCUCUCGGCCUCGCACCAGCUCAUCCCAGCUCCGCCCUCACCCUUCCCUUGCCCUCCUCCCACCGCCUCUCCCCCAAUCCCUCCCACCACCACCAGAUUCGCCUCGCCUCCUCGACGCCCCUCCCUCACCCUUGAUGCCACGCCCCCCUCCCAUGGCGCCACGCCCGCGCCCCUCCCCACCCGCCCGAGCCGCGACGCUGACCCUCCUCCUCCCGCUCCUCCUCCUCGCCUCUCCGUCCCUCCCCUCCGCCGCCGCUGCCCCCUCGCCGCCGACGGUGCCCGCCACGCAGCGGCAGGCCGCGUCCGCGUCCGACGCCCCGUCCCCUCCUCCCCCUCCGGCGCAGCAGCACCCGCGGAGGCACCGCCACCGGCACUGGAAGCACCGGCCGCCGCCCCCGCACCCGCCGCCGCCGCCCAGGCGGCGUCGGCUCAACUUCGGGGAGCGGCUCGGGAUCGCCUUCGCCGGCGUGGCUAUCGCAAUGCAGGUCGUCCUCGGCGCCUUCCUCGCGCUGCGCGCGUGGCAGCUGCGGCGGCUCGACAAGGCCGAGGUGUCCUCCUCCACGCCCCUCACCUGACCACCGUCUCCCCGCCCGAAGCUCGUCGUGUGCAUCAGUCAGGUCCGUGGUUUAUUUGUGAUCUGAUCUGAUGCUGCUGUAAACGAAUCCAUGGUGUAGUAGCUGCGCGUGUCCGUGUUCGGCACCAUUCUUUCCGUUCUGUUGUACUACCCUGUACAAUCUGCUUCUGCUCCGUGCAGGCUCUAGUUGAGAGGCUUGUGUGUGUUAUGAGAGUUGUGCUGCUUCUUUGGUUGUUAACGUGCCUCACCUGAUCUAGAUUAGUAGACUGUUAGUUCUACUGCUGCCUUGCUGUUACAUAUUUACAGUGUUCGCUUCUGUGGGGGUUAC